UUCAUUGUAUUAUCACUAUUGUGACGAGAUGUGCGUUAACGGAUGGAAAUAGUUUUUUCCCCGCUCAAUGCUCAUGUGUGUGGUGAAGAGAAUGAGAGAGUAAGACAAAAAUAGAAUAAGAGUAAUGUGGAAGAAGUCCAAGUGCGAGAAGAGAUGGCGCAGACGCGCGCUCCUCUCGGAUGGAGCGUGGCCGAAAGGUUUGAAAGUUUUCCCCCGGAGUGUCGUGCAGUUUUCGUUCAGUUGUUGCAGACUGCGAAGAUCAACCUCACCGAAGACCGCAUUCUUAUUUCAAAUACAAUUAACUUGCGGUUAUCCGGUGAUACGCGGACCUCUUUACAAAGGACAAACUCGAUGUCAUCCAAUAUUCAACGGCAAUCAGCAAUGUCCAUUAAAAUUCUAACGCUCCUCUUGAUCAUCCAUCUGUCGUGUCUGGAGUGCUCAAUCCGUCUGAUGAAGGCGGUACCCGUGGAAGAUGCUGCGAUGACCUCGACUUCUUCGGUGGUCCUGGGUUUCUCGCAGCGCGGAAACUAUCUUCGCGUGGACAACGGCAAUUCUUCAAGCAGAAAGCGCCGCUCUCCGCUAAACGAUCACGUUAGCAGGAACAUCACUAUGGUUUUGGAGAAUCUGCUGAAGAACUACGAGAGCUCACAGCUUCCCACGCACGGGCAAGAUAAACCGACGGUUGUGCAGACAAAUAUUCUAAUCAGGAGUAUGGGUCCAGUUUCCGAGUUGGAUAUGGAGUACUCGAUGGAUUGUUACUUCCGGCAAUAUUGGCGAGACCGGAGGCUGUCGUUCUUCGGCCCGAUAAAGUCUUUAUCUCUGUCGAUCAAGAUGCUGGAGCGGAUCUGGCGUCCGGACACUUACUUCUACAACGGAAAGAACUCUUACGUGCACACCAUAACUGUUCCCAAUAAGCUGUUGCGCAUCAGCCAGGACGGAGACAUACUCUAUUCGAUGAGAUUGACGAUCAAAGCCAAGUGCCCGAUGGAGUUGAGAACAUUCCCCAUGGACCGUCAGUCAUGUCCUCUUAUCCUUGGAAGCUAUGCUUACACUUCUCGUGAGUUGGUCUACCAAUGGCAGAACGAGGCGAGCGUUAAUUUCGUACCCGGAAUGACUCUGUCCCAGUUCGACCUGAUGAGCUUUCCCUACCGCAAUUUCACUUUCCGUCGCAGGGAAGGCGACUUCUCGGUGCUGCAGGUAUCAUUCAACCUGCAACGGCAUACAGGCUACUUUCUUAUACAGGUCUACGUCCCGUGCAUCCUCAUCGUCGUUCUCUCAUGGGUGUCCUUCUGGAUACAUCGUGAAGCGACUAGCGAUCGCGUCGGUUUGGGCAUCACCACCGUUCUCACGCUCUCCACGAUAAGUCUGGACUCUCGCACCGACCUUCCGAAAGUGCGCUACGCCACUGCCCUGGACUGGUUUCUCUUGAUGAGCUUUUUCUACUGCAUCGCCACCCUCCUCGAAUUUGCCGGCGUACAUUAUUUCACCAAAGUUGGAAGCGGUGAAAUCCCCGUCGACGAGGAGGAAUGGGAAGACUGCGACAGCUUCGAUGAACCUUUGCAAAUCGAUCCGCUGCAGAUCGCUAAUUGCAAUCAGAUCGGAGGCCGCCGACGGAACUCCAUCAUUUGUCCAAUUUACAAUGAUCCUUCAUUACAUUACGGCAGCCGCAGGAUGUCGAUCUGCUCGACGUCUCCUUCCAUCCAUCAAACGCCACCACCUCCGCCUAUCAGAUUGACGAUGGAAAGGACCACCCAAACAGAGUAUAGACUUCCCAAGUGGCGACAGUUCUGGUACUGCCUCAUCGGAGAUGAUAAGUUUAGGAAGCGAAGGCAACGCGAAGCAGCCGCAAUCGCCGCCGAUGUUGCAGGCAACGAUCAUGGUGCCAGACAUGUGAACAGCGUGUCCUACAUAGACCGGGCGGCACGCGUUCUCUUCCCGACUUCCUUCACGCUGCUGAACGUAAUUUAUUGGGUGGUUUAUUACACUUACCAGGAAGAUUUUAAAUGGGGCGACCCUCCGCUGCACACUCUCAGUCAUUAAACCGACCAAAUUGUGUUGAUUAAUUAAUGCCAAACCAUCGCAAAACCCCUCCACGUACCAUUCCCUCCUCCGUUCACCCAUUUCAAAAUAUCCUCGAAAACCUGAAUUAAUCCACCUCCGGCUCAUUACACACGUCCGCUCCACUCCUAAGAAAUUGCUGUAAGUAAUGGAGAACCUCGAACGAAGAACAUCAUUUCAAAAGUCCACCCACUUUAAUUAUGCAGACAAUUCUCGUGACGAUUGGCCAAAGUGUUUUCAUUAUUAUAGGCAACUGUUUGUAUUGCGUUUCUAGAAAGCCAAUCACUGGCCAUUUGAAUUGUAGAGGAAGCCCGUUGCCCGUGAUUGGUUGCAAUGCAGAACAUGGAUUCCCGCAAUCGCAUCUAAGACUUAAGCAUUCAUAAAAUUAUGAAAAUGAAAAUAUAUAUUGAGUAAUUAUAGCCGAUCUAUUAUAUUUA